UCCUACGAUGUGUUUACGGUUACGGAUGAGCGGUGCCAACAGUAGUCUCUUAAUUCACGGUUUUAACAGAUUUCGUAUGUUAUCCUUGGAUAACCUAGAUAACAUCGUUACACGGGAAACAGUGUCUGUGUGGAGACAUUCUUUACCUCCAAGUGUUGGAUACGGAGUCAGGAUCAUUCAGGGAGAUAGCGAGAUGACGAUGAAAUGGCGGGCCUUCAAAGGAAUUAUAUAGCUUGGAGAGAAGAAUGUUAGUCACGUGUACAAUGGGCCAAAUGUUGUGGGUUUCCGCCAUAUUAAUAUGUAAAGUCCAUGCCGACUUUGACUGUCGUCGUUUCGGGAUGAGCUGUAAUGGCGGGACGUGCACGACUGGCAGCUCCACGUGCACAGACUGUGGAACCCUGUCCCCGCCCAGAGGAGGAUUCAACUGUGGUCUGGUAACAAGUCGCGUGAACCAAGGCGCCUGUAAUGACACGCUGUGCGGAUACGGAGGGACGUGCUACACAGGGGCGGAUAACUCUACUUCCUGCUAUUGUACAGAGGACUACUACGGACUUACGUGUUCGUACAGGCGAUAUGACGCACAGAGCACGGCAAACAAGAUGAUCAUUAACAUCAACCCCUUCCAAAACUUCUCCGGCCUCAUCUCCAUCUCCGGCUACCGCAGCAUCCCUGGCUGUCUCUUGAAACGUGUCCCUGAACCUCCUGACCCCGCUGAUGGCGUCCCCGACCACUGGGAGGGAUACUAUGGAGUGUUCGAGCAUACCGGCGAUGAGUGUGGGGAGGCCUCGAAGAAUAGUACGACUGUCGUCCGCCAGGUGACGAUCCAGUUCAGGGACGCUUACAUCACCGGCCUUGACCUUCAAGUGACGCUAACUAACACCCUUAACCUUAGUGGUAUCGAGGUCACUGCGUCAUCCUUUUCUGUUGCUGCAGAUGAGUUUGUUCUUAAACGGCAAGUGGUGAGCAGCACAUUUAAUCCCGUUACUCUGGUAACUACAACAGUUGAUGGGACUGUUGUGAUUGACACACCUGUCACAGUGGGCGUGGUUCUUGUAUUUACAUUCAGCGUCCCGCCUUCUGAGUUUGCGGCGUUGAGACUUGAGACGGCAGUUGUUACCAACGGUCCACCAGACACAGCGACAGAAUCUGUUACCUUGGUUACAGGAGGGUGUAUAGACACGAGCGUGUUGUCGGUGUUGGAGGACGUCCCAGGGCCUCCUGACCCCGCCGUCAAGUCAACUAUCACUCUCCGACUGAGAACUUUCAAGUUUGUCUCAAGCGACACCAUUGCCCUCCGGUUCAUCGUGAAAGUCUGCAUCGUGGACGCCGACUGUGCAACUGUCGCGUGUCCAGGUAGUAGGAGACGGAGGCGAUCCCUUGACCAGGACGAGGCCGAGCUGACCAGGGUGCUCAGAAUAUUAGACCCGCUUCCCAAUAAGUCCGGUCCUGGACAAUCCGAACAAGCGACAAAUGACGCCGGAAGUGACGUGUUCCUCCUCACUGUAACAUCAGAGGCCACGGCACUCAUUCUGUUUUCGGCAGUACUGGGGAUAGUAAUCAUGUGCUUCUGUCGGCGGAGGAAGUCCCGUAUCCACCAGCAGACACAGACAGAGCGCAGAAUUCUCGUACAUAGUGACAGACGUUAGCGGAACGGAGUACACCAUCUCUUGGAUGGAAUGGCCGAAUCGAGAUGUCACAGAUUUCUUUGGAUAACGGAUGUUAAUAGAACCAGAGACCAUAUAAAACAGAACCUUCCACGGGAUGCUGGUACAGCUUUUGGACACAAUUACCUUAACGGCCUUGUGGUCCGACCAUUCAAUAUUUGCCAAUAUUUGGUGUGUCUGUGUGCGCAUGGGAGGCUACUGGGACAAAAUCAGUUGUCAGUCAAGGCUUUAAGUGUUAUUCUUCUGAACGCCACACAAUUUAGUGUGGACGCAAAACACAUUUUUCUAAACAGCCAACGUGUGCAGUUAAUGAUUUCAAAACCUGUUCCCUCAAUAUCAGGAAGAGACUAUUGAAAGGGCGUGACACAGCUCUUUACGACACGACUUGUUUAUUAAAGACGCAAACUCAAACUCACGUUUCUACCAUCUCCGUUACAUCCUCGCUACCCAACCAGGUAUCCUAGCAACAUGAACCAAACAUUCGAUCACUAACCAUUACUUACCAGUUGCCUAGCAGUAUUAGAAUUUCCACAUUGACUGUGUUAUCCUUCGUUAGCACUUCCGGUUUCUAGAGUUAUCUCCCUUUGACCAUAAACGCUUGUCCCAGACCCUCCCAGAUUAUAACAUGGUAUGCCCUUACUCGAGAUGUUGCAGUUGUUUGGCUUUUGAUAUAUGUUGCUGUAUUAGUGUAGCACUGAAAAGGAUGUUUUCAAUGUUGGUUUGGUAAGUCCACCGGAAGCGCUCGUUACAUCAUCAUCAUCAUCAUUCACCCUGAUCGAUGGGAUAGCCUAGAGGUUAAAGCGUUCGCUCGUCACGCCGAAUGCCCAUGUGUGAUUCCCGACAUAGGUACAAUAUGUAAAACCCAUUUCUGGUGUCCCCCGCCGUGAUAUUGGUGGAAUAUUGCUAAAAGCGGCACAAAAUCAUAUUCACUCAUUCAUCAUCGACCCAAUUGUCUGUCAGCAUCAUCUAUGACUGUUUGACCAAAUUGUGAAACAUAGGCCUGCAUCGUUUUGGGCCUCACUCCUACAUUUCGCCUGAGUGAAGUUCGUCACGCCAAAGACCCGGGUUCGAUUGCCGACAUGGGUACAAUGUGUGAAGCCCAUUUCUGGUGUCCCCCGCCGUAAUACAGCUGGAAUAUUGCUAAAAGCAGCGUAAAACCAUUCUCACUCACUCACUCAUCUAUGUGUACAAUGUAUGAUAAUUUCAAGAUAUGAAUAUGUGCUCGUAUAGAAAACAGGCAACUACCAAAGAAACAUAAUAUGUUCAUUUAUUUCAUGGUAAAUAAAAAUAUAAUGCAAGUAUCAGUCUAUGCGAGACGUAACAAGUGUUGGUUUUUUUUACGACAGACAUUUUUGAAUCUGUACAAAGAACAUGAUGUAUAUGUUUAGAACAUUAACAUAUAAUGCAUUUGUUAUACAAAAAGUAAAACAUACGCAUGCAUGUACAGUAUAGAUCACAAUGACGAAAGGCAAUCAUCCUAGCUCAAACAAUACAAAAGGCUAACAUAUAUUUCUUAAUAUUUGGAAAACAAGCAAAAAUAUGCAUUGUCUGUCAUUAUAUUUGAUUUCCACUAAGAAAUUUUACUGUAUUGAAAUCGGGGUUAUUGAAAGGCGAUGAAGCUGUACUGCUCAACGUUUGAUAGGGAUAUUGUAGGUAUCCAGUUGGGGAAUAUGUAUGACGGCUCCAAGAUGUGGUCAUAUUGCUUUGAAACUGACGUUGCUUAUUUCAAAAUUGAAAUGACCGUUUAAGUUGUUUUUCUGCAUUUAACAUUAAUAAUAUGUGUGUUUUUCUACCAAAACAUGUUAGGUCACAUUUCAGAUAAAAUUACCAUGAUAUUUUGACAAAGUGCUACCCAUCCUGAGGUGACCGAUUUCGGAUAAACAGUAGGUCGAUGCAGAAACGAUGAUGCAUGUACGCUAGGCAAAGCACCAAUUAACCACAAUAACGCGCACCUCUAUAAGCGGUGAAUAAUACAUAGCAAAAUAUCUCACCGGAAAAUGUAUAAAUUGUGAUGAUUCACUAGAACGCACUCCCUACAAUAUACACACUAUUACCAUUACCUGUGGAAUGUGUACAUACAUACAUGGGACAAAGAACUCAUUCCAAACCUAAAAACGAACUUACGUUAUAUCCAUAUUUCCAAUCUUUAAUUAUAUGUUUGCAGGACCCGACACAUACUAAGCUUCCGGGGUAAAGAACGUAGUUGGCAAUUA